GGACCCGCCUCCCCGCGGGAUUGGAGGCCCGCGGCCCCGCCCGGCCCGCGAGGGCAGCGGGGAGCGAGCGCGCGGCGUGGACGCCCAGGGCCCGUGUUCCUCCUCCCGCCGCGGGUCCAGGCGCGCCGCGCCCCAGGCCCGGGAGGAGCCGCCUUCGGAGGGAGACGCCGGCCCGGAGGGUCCCUGCUGCCGCGCACAAGUGAUGCCACCAAGAAGAAAUGAGAAAUACAAACUUCCUGUCCCACUUCCAGAAGGCAAGGUUCUGGAUGAUAUGGAAGGAAAGCAAUGGGUGCUGGGCAAGAUGAUUGGUGCUGGAGGGUUUGGAUUGAUAUAUUUAGCUUUCCCCACAAAUAAACCAGAUAAAGAUGCAAGACAUGUAAUAAAAGUUGAGUAUCAAGAAAAUGGCCCAUUAUUUUCAGAACUUAAAUUUUACCAAAGAGCUGCAAAAAAAGAACGCAUAAAAAAAUGGAUAGAACACAAACAACUUGAUUAUUUAGGAAUUCCCAUGUUUUAUGGAUCUGGUCUUACUGAAUUCAAAGGAAGAAGUUACAGAUUUAUGGUAAUGGAAAGACUAGGAAUGGAUUUACAGAAGAUCUCUGACCAGAAUGGUACUUUCAGAAAGUCAACUGUCCUGCAGCUAGGUGUUCGGAUGUUGGAUGUACUGGAAUAUAUACAUGAAAAUGAAUAUGUUCAUGGUGAUAUAAAAGCAGCGAAUCUACUCCUGGGUUACAAAAAUCCAGAUCAGGUUUAUCUUGCAGAUUACGGACUUGCCUACAGAUAUUGUCCCAACGGGAACCACAAACAGUAUCAGGAAAAUCCUAGAAAAGGCCAUAAUGGGACAAUGGAGUUUACCAGCUUGGAUGCCCACAAGGGUGUAGCCCUGUCCAGACGGAGUGACCUUGAGAUCCUCGGCUACUGCCUGCUGCGGUGGUUCUGUGGGAAGCUGCCCUGGGAGCGGAGCCUGCAGGACCCGGUGGCUGUCCAGGCUGCGAAAACAAAUCUGUUGGAUGAGCUCCCUGAGUCAGUGCUUAACUGGGCCCCUUCUGGAAGCAGUUGCUAUGAAAUAGCCCAAUAUUUGGCAUGUGCUCAUAAUUUAGCAUAUGAUGAAAAGCCAGACUAUCAAAUGCUCAAGAAAAUUCUGAACCCAGGUGGAACCCCUUUAGGACCAUUGGACUUUUCCACGAAAGGAGAGAGUGCAAAUGUGCGUACUGCGGACUAUCGAAAAGUUGAUUCGCAAAAGGCUGCAACAAAGCAAGUCAAUCAGAUGCAAAAUAGGUUAACAGAAAAAAGUGUCCACAGUGAGAGAAGUGCUGAGCCCUCUGCAACAGGGAGAAGAGUUCAGAAAGAGGAGAAGUGGAUUGGAUUGCUUAACAAAGAAACAGCGCAGGAAAGCACAAGGAGAAGACAAAAAUAUUGUGAGUUGCAAGAAUUUUUGAAUGAAGUAAAAAGUUCUCCACAAAAAGAGAGCUUUAUGCAGUUCUCAAACUCAUUUUAUGAACCCCAUCAAGAUUUUACUCAUCCAGAUAUAUUCAACAAGUCCAGAUGUCCAUCUUGGUACACGUGCACUUCCACAACUGGUACGGAAGUCACAGACUUAAGUUCUACAGGAUUUUGGUCUGCAAUUUCCCAGUUUACCCUUAGUGAAGAGACAAAAGCAGAUGUAUAUUAUUAUGGCUUUAUCAUUCUUUUACUUUUGAUGUUAGUGGGUCUUGCUUUAUAUUUUCUCUGAAGAUAUCAAACAAAAUCCUUUAGAUAGCUUUUAAAGUUUCAGUUCUUCACAGAAAUGUUACAUUCUUAUUUUAGGGCUUCCUCCCAGACAUUUUCAAGGUAAUUGGCUAAAAAAAAAAAAAAAGAAUACAUUUUAACAAAACAAGUUUGUGAACAUUCUAAAAAAAAAUUGCUUUAUACAAGAAAUG